AUGCAACUGCAAAUAUCAAUAGUCUCAACUCGACCAAGCUAUUCUCUUCUGGCAUCCAACUACAAAUAUCCAAUAGUCUCAACUCGACAAGGCCCAUUCUCUUCUGGCAUCCAACUACAAAUAUCCAAUAGUCUCAACUCGACAAGGUCCAUUCUCUUCUGGCAUCCAACUACAAAUAUCCAAUAUCUCAACUCGACCAACCCAUUCUCUUCUGGCAUCCAACUACAAAUAUCCAAUAGUCUCUCAACUCGACCAAGCCUAUUCUCUUCUGGCAUCCAACUACAUCAAUAUCCAAUAGUCUUCAACUCUAACUACACAUAUCCAUUCUCUCGACAGCCUAUUCUCUUCAACUGCAAAUAUCCAAUAGUCUCAACUCGACCAAAGCCUAUUCUCUUCUGGCAUGCAAAUAUCCAAUACUGGAAAUAUCCAAUGUCGACCAAGCCUAUUUCUUCUGGCAUCCAACUACAAAUCAAAGUCUCAACCAUUCAAGGCCUAUUCUCUUCUGGCAUCCAACUACAAAUAUCCAAUCCAAUCGAGUCUCUUCUGACAUUCUCAACUCGACCAAGCCUAUUCUCUUCUGGCAUCCAACUACAAAUAUCCAAUAGUCUCAACUCGACCAAGCCCCAUUCUCUUCUGGCAUCCAACUACAAAUAUCCAAUAGUCUCAACUCGACCCAAAUCCCUGCAAAUAUCAAUAGUCUCAACUCGACCAAGCCUAUUCUCUUCUGACAUCCAACUCAAUAGUCUCAACUCUGGCUAUUCUCUUCCAUCCAACUACAAAUAUCCAAUAGUCUCAACUCGACCAAGCCUCAUUCUCUUCUGGCAUCCAACUACAAAUAUCCAGCCUAUUCUCUUCUGGCAUCCAACUACCAAAUAUCCAAUAGUCUCAACUCGACCAAGCCUAUUCUCUUCUGGCAUCCAACUACAAAUAUCCAAUAGUCUCAACUCGACCAAGCCUGUUCUCUUCUGGCAUCCAAUACUGGUAUCCAAUAGUCUCAACUCGACAAGGCCCAUUCUCUUCUGGCAUCCAACUACAAAUAUCAAUAGUCUCAACUCGACCAAGGUCCAUUCUCUUCUGGCAUCCAACUGCAAAUAUCCAAUAGUCUCAACUCGACCAAGCCUAUUCUCUUCUGGCAUCCAACUUCAAAUAUCCAAUAGUCUCAACUCGACCAAGCCUAUUCUUCUGGCAUCCAACCACAAAUAUCCAAUAGUCUCAACUCGACCAAGCCUAUUCUCUUCUGGCAUCCAACUAUCAAAUAUCCAAUAUCUCAACUCGACCAAGCCCCUAUUCUCUUCUGGGGCAUCCAACUGCAAAUAUCCAAUAGUCUCCAACUCGACCAGGCUUCUUCUCUUCUGGCAUCCAACUACAAAGCAUCCAAUAGUCUCCAACUCGUUAAGCCUAUUCUCUUCUGGCAUCCAACUACAAAUAUCAAUAGUCUCAACUCGACCAACCUUAUUCUAUUCUGACAUCCAACUACAAAUAUCCAAUAGUCUCAACUCGACCAAGCCCUAUUCUCUUCUGGCAUCCAACUACAAAAAUAUCAAUAGUCUCCAACUCGACCAAGCCUAUUCUCUUCUGGCAUCCAACUACAAAUUCUCAACUCGACCAAGCCUAUUCUUUUCUGGCAUCCAACUGCAAACAUCCAAUAGUCUCAACUCGACCAAGCCCAUUCUCUUCUGGCAUCCAACUACAAAUAUCCAAUCAACUCUGACCCAUUCUCUUCUGGCAUCCCGCCAACUCGACCCAAGGCCUCCAAUACCACAAAUGUCUCCAACUCUGAUUCUCUUCUGGCUCAACUACAAAUAUCCAAUAGUCUCAACUCGACAAGGUCCAUUUCUUCAGCAUCAACUACAAUAUCCAAUAGUCUCAACUCGCCAAGCCUAUUCUCUUCUGGCAUCAGCUACAAAUGUCAAUAGUCUCAACUCGACCAAGCCUAUUCUCUUCUGGCAUCCAACUACAAAUAUCCAAUAUCCAUUCUCUUCUGGCAUCCAACCACAAAUAUCAAUAGUCUCCAACUCGACAGGUCCUAUUCUCUUCUGGCAUCCAACUACAAAUAUCAAUAGUCUCCAACUCGACCAAGCCAUUCUCUUCUGUAUUCUCUUCUGUCCAACUACAAAUAUCAAUAGUCUCAACUCGACCAAGCCUAUUCUCUUCUGGCAUCCAACUACAAAUAUCCAAUAUCUCUCGGCCAAGCCCUGUUCUCUUCUGGACAAAUAUCAAUAUUCCUCUUCUGGCGUCAACUACAAAUAUCCAAUAGUCUCAACUCGACCUGUCCAUUCUCUUCUGGCAUCCAACUACAAAUAUCCAAUAGUCUCAACUCGACCAAGCCUAUUCUCUUCUGGCAUCCAACUACAAAUAUCCAAUAGUCUCCAACUCGACCAAUCUCCAACUCGACCAAGCCUAUUCUCUUCUGGCAUCAACUACAAACAUCCAAUUGUCCUCAACUCGACCAAGCCUAUUCUUCUGGCAUCCAACUACAAAUAUCCAAUAUCUCCAACUCGACCAAGCCCUAUUCUCUUCUGGCAUCCAAAUAUCAAAGUCUCCAACUCCAAUAGUCUCAGCUCAUCGACCAACUCGACCUAUUCUCUUCUGGCAUCCAACUACAAAUAUCCAAUAGUCUCAACUCGACCAAGCCCCUGUAUUCUCUUUCAUCAACUACAAAUAAUCCGGCCGGGUCUCGGCUCAUCCAAGCCUAUUCUCUUCUGGCAUCCAACUAAAAUAUCCAAUAGUCCAACUCGACCAAGCCUAUUUCUUCUGGCAUCCAACUACAAAUAUCCAAUAUCCAACUCGACCAAGCCUAUUCUUCUUCUGCAUCCAACUACAAAUAUCAAUAGUCUCAACUCGACCAGGUCUAUUCUCUUCUGGCAUCCAACUCGACCAAGCCUAUUCUCUUCUGACAUCAACUGCAAAUAUCCAAUAGUCUCUCGACCAAGCCUAUUCUCUUCUGGAUCCAAUAGGUCCUAUUCUCUUCUGGCAUCCAACUACAAAUAUCCAAUAGUCUCAACUCACAAGCCCUAUUCUCUUCUGGCAUCCAACUGCAAAUAUCAAUAUCUCAACUCGCAUCCAACUACAACAUCCAACAGUCCCAACUCGACCAAGCCCAUUCUCUUCUGGCAAAUAUCCAACCUCAAACAUCCAAAAUAUCCACAGUCUCCAACCGACCAGCCUAUUCCUUCUGGCAUCCAACCACAAAUAUCCAAUAGUCCCAACCGACCGCCCAUUCUCUUCUGGCAUCCAACCAAAUAUCCAAUAGUCCCAACUCGACCAGGCCCAUUCUCUUCUGGCAUCCAACCACAAAUAUCCCCAUCUCAACUCGACCAACCCUAUUCUCUUCUGGCAUCCAUCAACUACAAAUAUCCAUGGUCUCAACUCGACCAAGCCUAUUCUCUUCUGGCAUCCAACUACAAAUAUCCAAUAGUCUCAACUCGACCAAGGCCUAUUCUCUUCUGA